CACUCACACACCUCGUUUUGGGAUCCCCAAAGGGAAGCAGUCGAGCGCAAUCACCGGUACAGGAACAGAGCACGACAGGAGCCGAAUACGAGAAAGAUGACAACUAACAUGCGAUACAAGAGCCGGAUUAUUAAAACGGAGGACAGCGAGGACAAACAGUAUGUGGGCUUCGCCACGCUCCCCAACCAGGUCCACAGGAAGUCUGUGAAGAAAGGCUUCGACUUCACCCUCAUGGUGGCGGGUGAGUCUGGCCUGGGCAAGUCUACUCUAGUUAACAGCCUUUUCCUCACAGACCUCUACAAGGACAGAAAAUUGCUUAACGCAGAAGAGCGUAUUAGCCAGACAGUGGAGAUCACCAAACACACGGUGGAUAUUGAGGAGAAGGGGGUGAAGUUGAAGCUGACCAUAGUUGACACCCCGGGCUUCGGAGAUGCCGUCAAUAACAACGAGUGCUGGAAACCCAUCACCGACUACAUUGAUCAGCAGUUUGAGCAGUACUUCCGAGAUGAAAGUGGACUGAACAGGAAGAACAUAUUGGAUAACCGAGUGCACUGCUGUCUAUAUUUCAUACCACCAUUUGGACAUGGGUUGAGGCCAGUGGAUGUUGAAUUCAUGAAGGCCCUGCAUGAGAGGGUGAACAUCAUUGCUCUGAUCGCCAAAGCGGACUGUCUGACUCCAAACGAGACCAAGAAGCUCAAGGAUCGCGUGCGAGACGAGAUUGAGCGCUUUGGGAUUAAAGUGUACCAGUUUCCUGAGUGUGACUCUGAUGAGGAUGAGGAGUUUAAACAGAUGGACAAAGAGCUGAAGGAAUGUACUCCAUUUGCUGUUAUUGGUAGUAAUACAGUAGUGGAGGCAAGAGGUCAGCGAGUGCGUGGACGCCUCUACCCUUGGGGCAUUGUGGAAGUGGAGAAUCAGUCUCACUGUGACUUUGUGAAACUAAGGAACAUGCUGAUUCGCUCUCACAUGCAUGACCUGAAAGACGUAACUUGUGAUGUACACUACGAGAACUACAGAGCCCACUGCAUACAGCAGAUGACCAGCAAACUUGCACAGGACAACCGCAUGGAUAGCUCCAUUCCCAUUCUGCCACUGCCCACUCCCGAUGCAGAGACCGAAAGACUCAUCAAGAUGAAGGACGAGGAGCUCAAGAGGAUGCAGGAGAUGUUGGAGAAGAUGCAACAACAGAUGCACGAAAAAGACCAGUGAUGAUGUCAGUGGGCGUGGCCACCCUGACCACCUGCACAUACACAAACAUACACUUACGAAGAAAUCUACUGCAAACCUUAUAUUGAUCCAGAUCUAUACUUCUACAUGUGAAUGAGCGCAGAUGGCCCUCUAUGUUCCACGCCUACAGCCUGUUCUUACAACACACACUAAGGGACUUGUACGCUGUAGACUUGCGGAGCGAUUUGCUUGGCGCUUUUGAAGCCCCUGCCUGCCAAAUACAGAUGUGACUAUUUAAUGUGUCAUAUGUGUGUAUGCCAGUGUGACUAUGGCUAACAUCAGAAAUAUUAUGUAAUAUUAACUUAAAUUAAAUUGACUUUUAGAUGUAUCUAAUUUAUAUUGACUUGAUUUUUGUUUUUAUUGCCUAGGUAGAGGAGUGUGUAUGAGAUGUUUUGUAAUGCUGUUGUAGCAAAAACAUUGGUUUGAAUUUGGGCCUUGACUGUUGAUUGAUUGAGUGUGUGUGUGUGUGUGUGUGUGUGUGUGUGUGUGUGUGUGUGUGUGUGUGUGUGUGUGUGUGUGUGUGUGUGUGAGAGAGGGGAAAUGUAAGCUAUAAGCUGCUUACUGCACUCCUAGCUUUUUACAGUGUUAGUUCUCAGUGAAUGUAGAAUUACUGCGCAGGUUGUUAUUAUGAAUAAAUACCCUAAUUCAGA